AUGGGGUGCGUGAGCUCGAAGCAGACGGUGUCGGUGACGCCGGCGUUCGACCACUCCGGGGACAAUGUCGGGAAUUCGGGUCGGAGCCGGGUCGGGGAGUUGGGUGAGUCCGGGAGAGCGAGUUCGAGGAAGAAGAGCAGCUAUUCGGAGUCGUUGAGUUUCCGGUUGAGUAAUUUGCAGAGGUACGUCGAGGGCGAGCAGGUCGCCGCCGGCUGGCCGGGAUGGCUCAGCGCCGUCGCCGCCGAAGCCAUUCAGGGCUGGGUCCCACUUCGCGCCGAUGCCUUUGAGAAAUUAGAAAAGAUUGGACAGGGUACGUACAGUAGUGUGUUCCGAGCGCGUGAUCUGGAAACUGGGAAGCUAGUUGCUUUGAAGAAGGUGCGGUUCGACAAUUUUGAGCCUGAGAGCGUCAGAUUUAUGGCGAGAGAAAUCUUGAUUCUCAGAAGGCUUGACCAUCCAAAUGUCAUUAAGUUGGAAGGCCUGAUUACUUCGCGGUUGUCGUGUAGCAUAUAUCUUGUCUUUGAGUACAUGGAACAUGACGUUACUGGGCUUUUGUCUAACCCCGACAUCAAGUUCAGUGAAGCACAGAUUAAAUGUUACAUGAAGCAGCUGUUGUCUGGACUUGAUCAUUGUCACUCGCGGGGUGUAAUGCAUCGCGACAUAAAAGGAUCAAAUCUUCUGGUGAAUAAUGAAGGAAUUUUGAAGAUGGCUGAUUUUGGACUGGCAAACUUCUGUAAUUCUGGGAAUAGGCAACCCCUUACCAGUCGUGUAGUCACUCUGUGGUAUCGUCCUCCUGAACUUUUGCUUGGAUCGACUUCCUAUGGAGCUUAUAUCGACCUUUGGAGUGUUGGCUGUGCAUUUGCCGAACUCCUGGUUGGGAAAAAUGUUCUUCAAGGGCGAACAGAGGUUGAACAACUACACAAGAUUUUCAAGCUCUGCGGCACCCCGCCGGAAGAAUACUGGAAAAAGUCCAAACUUCCACAUGCAACUCUAUUUAAACCCCAACAAGCUUAUGACAGUACUCUGCAGGAGACCUUUAAAGAUUUGCCAGCAGCCACUUUUAACCUAUUAGAGACUCUUCUUUCUGUAGAACCAAACAAGCGUGGGACUGCCUCCUCUGCUCUUGCAUCUGAGUAUUUCAAAACGAAGCCUUAUGCCUGUCAUCCAUCAAGCUUGCCAAUUUACCCACCUAGCAAAGAAAUUGACGCGAAAAAUCGGGAGGAGGCAAAGAGGAAAAAGAUUGGUGGUAGACUUCGUGGAGAAACAAGAAAGUCAACAAGAAAAUCACUCGGAAUAAGUAAAUUGGCUCCAGUCGAGGACAUCGCAACCCAAAUCCAAGGUUCAUAUAAAAUUAAUGGCACUAAUGGACACAUUACCAAGCAAGAAAAUGGUAUCAUAAGCAGGGAGUUGCCAAAGCCACCAGCUUCUAAAGCAGAAGAGGCUUUACAUGUCAAGAAUGCAUCUCAAGGAGAUGUUCCCUUCUCUGGACCAUUAGAGGUUUCUACAUCAAGUGGCUUCGCAUGGGCAAAAAGACGAAGAGAUGAUGCUUCUAGAAGAUCUCAUACUCGAUCUAUCUCAAAAGGACACAUAUUUAACACGGUAGAACCUUCAAUUGCAGUGCAUACAAGGAAGAACUUCGACUCUAAGACACAUGAAAAUGGUGAAUAUAGAGGGUGUACCGACUCUAGAGGAUAUGAUUCAUAUGAGGUUGCAAAGCUAGCAAUGAUGAAUCAAUGGGGAAAGCUUGGACGUCCAGAUUCAUUUGAUGCGUCUGAUGGGUAUCACUCGCAGGAAUUAUCGUUGGCACUUUAUCAGAGAGAGGAAAGGGUAGCUGCUACUAAAAGUGAUCUGAGUUUUCAAUUUCACGAUGAUGGAGACAAGGUUGAAUUUUCAGGACCCUUGUUAUCUCAACCAUAUAAAGUUGAUGAAUUUUUAGAAAGGCAUGAGCGCCAGAUCAGAAGGGCGACGCGGAACUCAUGGUUCUAUAGAGGUAAGAAGCAAGGGAAGUGAGUUAUCUGAUAGGUUCUAAUUGACUGCAUCAAGAAGAAGAAAAGAAGAGAACUCAACAUGAAAACAGAACAUACAAAGUCUCAGCCUGGUAGAUACCAUUUCCAUACUCUGACUAGGCUGCUAUAUCUGAUAGUUGAGAAACUGAAAAUCUAUAGAAUAUUUUGGUUAGAAACUUAGAAUGAUUACAUUUUCUCCCCUUUUUUUUGAAUCUGUUUUUUUUUGCCUGAUUUAUUCUUUCUUUCCUAAUCUUUUGGCAAAGCCCAAAGCCAAUGUAUAGAAUCUAGAUUAAUAGCAAAAGCCUUGUUUAAGUU